UUGGCCUGACACACCACCCCCACCUUGCUCGCGUCGCCCUCCCCCAAAACCCUCCUCCUCCGCCGCCGCCGCCGCGGCCACGAUCGCCAUGUCCGGGCCAAGCUGCCCCACCACCGUCCCCGUCGGGGAGGACACGACGGUGCCUCUGAGGAUGCUGCACGGGCUGGCCCCGGAGACGCUGAACCUCCACACGCACACGAUGCUCUCAUUCCUCUACUCCUUCCUCCCCAAGCCGCCCGUCUCCACACUCGCCCCCCUGUGCUGCGCCGCCACGGCCGCCGCCGCCGACGGAAGCGCGGACCGCCUCAGCUGCCUACCCGACGAUCUCCUCCGUCGCGUCCUCUCUCGCCUCCCCGCCAAGGACAGCGCGCGCACCACCGUGCUCUCCUCCCGCUGGCGCGGCCUCUGGCGCUCUGUGCCGCUCGUCCUCGUCGACACCCACCUCCUCUCCAGGGGCGACGCGGAGUGCCGGCCCGCCCGCGCCGGUGCCGUCUCGCGUGCCGUCACCGACGCCGUCUCCGCCGCCCUCAAGGCGCAUCCUGGGCCAUUCCCCUUCGUCAGCCUCACCUGCAGCUUUAUGGACGCCACCGACCGCCGCGUGCUCGCGCGCUGGUUCCAGAUCCUUGCCACCAAGGGCGUCGACGAGCUCGUCUUCGUCAAUCGCCCCUGGCCCCUUCCCGGCCUGCCCCUCCCAUCCUCGCUCUUCAGCUGCGCCUCCCUCUCCCGGCUCUGCCUCGGCGCCUGGGUGUUCCCGGACACCACCGCCCUCCCACGCGGCGCCGGCUUCCCCAACCUUCGGGAGCUUGUGCUUGUCUGCGUCGUCAUGAAGGACAAAGACUUGGAGUUCUUGCUCGCCGUGAGCCCCGUGCUGGAGAUCCUCGCGUUCCAUGGAAGCCUGGCCUCAUUGCAAGCUCGUAUCGCCAACCAGAGCCUACGGUGUGCGCAGUUCUGCUUGUCCAUCCUGGAGGAGGUCGCCGUGGUGAACGCCCCAAGCCUGGAGCGUCUCUUCCUCUGGAGAAAUUGGAGCGAGCGGGGCCGUGUAGGCGCAAUGAGCACGACAGUCAAGAUUGGCCAUGCCCCUAAGCUGCGUGUGCUGGGAUAUCUGGAGCCAGGAGUGCACAUUCUGCAGAUUGGCAGCACCAUCAUCAAGGCUGGAACAAAGGCGAGCGCACGUACCACUGUGUCAAGCCUCCAGAUGUUGGCUUUGCAAGUGCAUUUUGGAGAUCGCAGUCAAGUCAAGAUGCUUCCCAGCUUCCUCAGAUGCUUUCCUAACUUGGAGACGCUGAUUGUCGAGUCUUUUCUUGAAGAAAACACCAGCAACCGUAGUCUCAAGUUCUGGCAGGAGACAAGUCCUAUUGAGUGUGUCCAGUCGCACCUCAAGACUCUGUCGUUCUGUGAGCUACAAGGGAAUGAUCACGAGUUUGAUUUCAUCAUGUUCAUCGUGGAGAAUGCACUGAAGCUGGAGAGGUUGAUCAUCCAAGUUAAACAAGACCUAACUUACACUGAGAGGCAAGUGGUGGUUGCCAAACUGGGGUAUCUUAGUUGUGCUAAUUGGGCCAAUACGAACUGCAAAGUGCGAUUCGAGGUCAGUAGCAAUCCUAUCGGAAGUUCUUGGAGCAUCGAAGCGGGAUCAGAUUUGUCUUCUGAUGAUCCCUUUUCCUGCCUCUGAACUCAAACGUGCCUGCAUAUUUUGGCGCCCAAGAUCUUACAAGAAGCGCAAGUGUUCUGUCUGCAGUAUCCAUUCUGGGUAAUGGUUUCGGUUGUUGGAAUGUGCUCUGUGAAGGCUGGACAGAGUUCUGUUAGCCAGGGUUCUACUUCUACUAGCAUGGGUAGCUUUGUUUGCUAAAUUUAUAUGUAGCAUAUUCUAUUAAGAGUCUGCCUGAAGCUGUUGCUGCUAUUGGAAUGAUGACUGAUGUAAUCAAUGUGUUUCGUCGAUGUUGCAUCACAAAAUUGUGUAUCGGCUAGAACUCCUUAACCCAAUCACGAGUUGGGUUUUCGCACCA